UCUAAGAUGACGGAAUAAAUAUUUUUCAAGCUUGUCAUUAUUUAUUUAAUCAUCUCCUUCAUGUUUGUUUCAAAGUAAACAUAGAUACAUUUUGAUUGGAAUAAUUUAGGUCAACCAUUUACAAAAUCUAUAUGGGGUAAAGGUGUCAAAUGAAUACAAAAGGGUUGGUGUGGUGGGUUAGAAGAAUGUAUAUAACCACCUCUCAACUACACACAAAUCUGGUAAUUAUGGUUUAAGCCGAGCUAAACCAUAGAGAGAAGCCACAUACAUAUAUAAACUGCAACCACCACCACCACUCCACAUUACAAGAGAGGUUCACCAAACUUGACCCCGACCCUUAUUACCCCUUGAAUCUUGAGCUAAGUAACAUAUAAAUAUACAAUUGCAUUGGAGGGAGUUUUGUAGUAGUAGUCUUUGAAAAACCAUAUCAAUAUGUCUUGCAAAGGAGAUAUUGUGGUUGGUGUGGAGGAAGUAUUGUUUCUCUUACCUUCAAAUCUUUUUAAUGAACUCUUUCUUGAUCGCACUUGUCCAUUCCCACAGAGUAAUCGAGGACGUAGCUACUAUGAUCGGAAGCCAAGAAUGUGGUACGAGAUGAACCACUACAGUUCCUUGGUGAGGCCAAGUGGUGAUACAGGUGCAGCGCGAGUUAAGCCACGUGGCACUGGCGUGUUUCUUCCCGAGAGACCAGUGAGUAGCUCAGAAGAGAAGAGACCCACGAAGAAGCCAUGCCCCGUCACCUCCUCUCAUUCUAGACAAGUCUUUCUUCCCAAGGAAUGGGCUUAUUAGCUAGUAAUUAGCAUAUAAUUACUGUGUAUAUCUUAAACUAUUACAGAAGCUUAAACAAAAAUAAGUUUUAACUGUCCUUUCUCUAGAGUUGGCACCUAUAGUGAUCAGUAUUAGGUAUGGUUCCUCAA